UCGCAGUAGGACGACAAGAUGUUGUUUAUGCACUUGUGCACGCUUGUGCUUAAAAUCGUAACAUUGCCACUUCAGUUUGCGGAACUGGUGGGUCUGUAUAAACUAUACAAGCGCGUGUUUCCGUAUGUGAUUAACAAUAUCACCUUGAAAUAUAACAUUGAAAUGAACGAACACAAACGGGAACUCUUCGGGUCUCUACAGAAAUUCCGCAAAUCAAAUGGCGAACUGCGUAUUCUUGAGAUCGGUUGUGGCAGUGGGGCUAACUUUGAGCACUACCCGGAGGGCUGUAAGAUAGUCUGCACAGACCCUAACCCGCACUUCGAGACACAUCUGCAGAAGAACAUGAAGAAAAAUGACCACCUUGUUUACGACAAGUUUGUGGUGGCGACUGGAGAGGAUAUGCGUGGGGUACCAAAUGAAUCGGUAGACGUGGUGGUUGUCACUUUGGUCCUGUGCUCGGUCAACGACAUCGGGGUUGUACUACAAGAGGCGAAACGAGUCCUUCGGCCUGGUGGUGGCUUCUUCUUCAUGGAGCACGUGUGUGCAGACCCAUCCACCUGGACUUUCUUCUUCCAGCAUGUUAUGCAGCCGUUCUGGUACUACUUUGGAGAUGGCUGUGAGACCACUCGUACCACGUGGGAAUAUAUCGAGAACGCAGGAUUUAGCCAGCUGAACCUGCGACACAUCCAGGCUCCUGUAACCGUGAGCUCGCUCAUCAAGCCCCAUAUUGUAGGCUACGCCAUUAAAUAACUGCUGAACACGUACGCACACAGUCAGUCUGCACUACUCACCAACUAAACAGAUCCUACUGUGUGCUUCAACUUACUGGUAUUCUAACACUGCACUGCUUUGCAUUUUCAUUUUUAUUUUUGAGUUGUGAUGGCUUUUCUUUCUCUAUUUUGAUGGCUUUUCUGUUCUCUGUGUGGCUUUGAUACUGGUCUAUCAUGUGAAUAGAAUCUAGGACAUGGUUGCCACAACUAAUUAUGUAAUAUUUUUUUGGGGGGGGGAGGGUGAUUUUUAAGACUUAAUUGUUUUUUUUUCAUGUCAGGACAGUGAAGGAUAGACAGGAAGUCAGUUGGGAGAGAUAGACAGGGAAGGGUCGGUAAAGGGCCCGCACCGGACUUGAACCCGUGUCAACCGCAUAGUACACGAGUGUCCUACUGUUAGCGCCAUGGCAGGGCCCUCAUUAUGUAAUGUUGACUCAAAAUCAUCAUUAUUCUGAAUUUAAAAGCUGAAUUUAUUUUGCAUCUGGAACAUAUCGUUCUUCAUUUGAGGCUAUCUGGUCUACUCUCCACCUACAGUAUGCUGUUGUAAUUACUGAUAGAUUGGUGUUGAUGGGUAAGCGGUUAGGGCGUCAGACUUGUAGCCGGUUCGACUCCAGACCCGUCAGGUUGGUGGGGGGAGUAAUUAACCAGUGCUCUCCCUCAUCCUCUUCCACGACUGAGGUACCCUGAGCAUGGUACCGUCCCGCCGCACUGCUCCCUUGGGGUGCCAUUGGGGGCUGCCCCCUUGCAUGGGUGAGACAUAAAUGCAAUUUCGUUGUGUGCAGUUUGCAGUGCAGUGUGCUGCGGAGUGCUGUCUCAAAAUGGCAAUGGGAGUUGGAGUUUCCCAGUUGGACUUUCACUUCACUUCUCUUCACUUGAUCGAAUUCUGCAACCUCACUGCCAACAUGUCUUGCACUCAAGCUAUUUAGCUUAAAGUUGAACAGAGGAAAUGGCAUGUCAUUGAAUGACAUUGGCAUUUCAGAUACCACAUGCAUUCUUGACAAAAAGGGAGAAAAUACUAAUUUGAAGAGCUAUUACUGUAAGUGUAAUUGCAAGUGUAAAGACCAGCAAUGGUGAUAUGGUGAUAUGGGAUUUUGUUUGAUAUUUGUUGCAGAUUUUCAUAGUAAUUAAACCUGUAUUGAUUUUAAUUGCACUAUGUGUCAUGAAAAUGGCCCUGAAAAUGGGCUGUUACAGUGGACUUGCCUUAUUAGGUACAGUGGAAUAACUUGUGUACUAACAUGUACUGUCGUUGUACUUGCAUCGUGUAUUUUGUGUAUCUACAUUGUAAGAGUGCCUUUGGUCUUAGUGUAGUCCUUCUUAGCCUAGAAAUCUAGACGCCCCUAGCGACCGCAAAUUGAAUUUUUGCUGUACGGGUCUGGCUCGCUAGGCUAAGUCCUUCUCCCACGCCCUGGAAGGAUUCAGCACAUCACUAUAGUAUUAUAAAAAACACUUCACGUUACAUUGCCAUUAUGGU